GUGACAUCAAUCGAGCUCACGGAUUUCAAAUGUUUUGGUGCCAAGACAAAAACGAGAAAUCGCAACUAGCGAACAACAACGCUGCUGAUAUGAAACCAUCUAUAGUUAAAGAUUUUAAUCACCCUUUGCGUGUGCUAUUGGAUUUUCUAGCACAAAAAUAA